AUGUCACCCCAGGGCCUCGACACAAUCGAGGAAAGGGACGCCGAAACCGAGGUGACGCCCACAGUCGCCACUGUCGAGAAGGCUGCCGCAGCCAAGAUCUACCUUGAGACCUAUUUCAAUGAUCGCUUAGCUCAUCCAAAUGCACGCGAGGCGCGCCUGCGUCAGCUUGACAGUCGCCUCUGGCAUGUGGGUGUUGCCUUCCCGGAGGCUGAGAGGGACAGGCAGAGGCGCCAGUUCUUCCGCAAUGAGUCCGACCACUUGCGAGAAACGCGGGCCAUGAAAGCACGAACCAUGAGGGCUCUGAAAGAGGGAAGAGGCACGGCUUCUUCGUGCUGCAAUGACUACCAGGUCGUCAAGGCUCUGGGUAAAGGCAGCUUCGGAGUGGUCAGGCUGGUCCGAGAGAAGCGCCAGACCGGGGACAAGCAGCCCAGUGGGCGGGUGUAUGCGAUGAAGGUUAUCCGCAAGUCCGGCAUGCUCCGUACAAGCCAGGAAGGCCAUCUCAGGGCUGAGAGAGACUUCCUCGUUGCCUCCGAGGGAUCCAGAUGGGUCGUGCCAUUGAUCGCCAGCUUCCAAGACGCUUCCAAUCUUUACUUGGUCAUGGAUUACAUGCCUGGCGGGGACUUCCUUGGUCUUCUCAUCCGAGAGAACAUCCUCAGCGAGCCGGUUGCGCGCUUCUACAUUGCCGAGAUGAUCAUCUGUGUCGAGGAGGCCCACGCACUGCACUGCAUCCACCGAGACAUCAAGCCCGACAAUUUUCUGGUCUCGGCAUCGGGCCACUUGAAGAUAUCUGACUUUGGCCUGGCGUUUGACGGACACUGGUCCCAUGAUUCUUCAUACUACCAAGCCAGUCGUUACUCGAUCGUGCAGAAGUUGAACCUUGAGGUCGUUAGCGACGAGCAGGACAGGCUGGACGCUCUGAACCUGGCGCACAACGGCAUAUGGGGCUCAAACAUCAUGAUGAGCCUGGACAAACACGAAAACAAGAGCUCAAGUGACAGCGAGCCCCUGUUGCAGUGGCGCAACCGAUGUGGGAUGAGGACGCUGGCCAAGUCAGUCGUGGGAACCAGCCAAUACAUGGCCCCGGAGGUGGUGCAAGGGGCCGGGUACGACGGCCGGUGCGACUGGUGGAGCAUCGGUGUCAUCCUCUAUGAGUGCCUCCACGGGAACAGCCAGGCCUUCACAGACCGUUUCGUGUUCCCAUACGAUGCUGAGGACAUCAAGGCUCACAAAUGGUUCAAGGGUGUUCCUUGGGAGAGGCUCCACGAGCUCGACCCGCCCUUUGUGCCGUUGCUUCGCUCGACCGACGACACCCAAUAUUUUGAUGAUGAUAAGCCCAUCACAGAUCUUUCAGACAGUGACGACGACGACGAUCAAGACGAUGCGAUGCCCACGCCGGAGACGCGUGAAGCGGGCCAGUCAUCUGUGACGCCGAAGGCCCCUGCUACGCCCGUCGUUGUGCCGGCUGGACCUGUGGCUGGAACCGCGACCGCCGUCGCAGCGUCCAGCGCCUCCAAAAAGCGUGCUGAGCGCGAGGCUCUCCUCGCCAAGACACUGGCGCCGUUUAACAGCGGCAUCCAGGUGGCAGUGCGGUCGUGGCUAAAAGUCCCGUACGACAGCCUCCGCCUGCGCAACUUUGAGAACCAGGUGGACGACGAGCCGGGGCUGCGGGCGACGGAGCGCGACACACUGAAGGCACUGGUGCGCUUCAUCUUGCUCCUGUGGGGGCAUGUAGUGCGGGAAGGACGAGCAUGGGCUAACUGA